AUGGAGAUAAAGAGUCAUCUAUACUUUAACGGAAUGGACCAAACAUAUGUCAAGUGGAUUUGGCAUGGAGAAGAAUAUGACUCUAACAAUAAUGUUCCUAAUGAAAGAAAGCAAUUUGAUCAAGUAUUUGAUGACCCUAUAGAGAUGGUGAGAGAUGCAGAUGAACGUUUUGUUGAUAAGCCUGAAGAAUUUUUGAAAUUUUUAGAAGAUGCGGAGAAACCAAUAUUCUCAGGGGCACCUUUGUCAAAAUUGGUUGUUUUAGUAAAACUAUACAACUUAAAAGCUGGUAGUGGUUGGAGUGACACAAGUUUCACAAAGUUAUUAACUUUAUUAAAAGAAAUUUUACCAAAAGACAAUGAAUUGCCUUCCUCGCUUUAUGAAGCAAAAAAAACAUUGUGCACAUUAGGAAUGGAGUAUAGCAAGAUUCACGCUUGUCCAAAUGAUUGCAUUCUAUAUCGAAAUCAAUAUGAGAGUGCAACUGAGUGCCCUGUAUGUAAAACAUCUAGAUGGAAAAAAAAUAAGAACAACAAAGAAUGUAAGAAAGGGAUUCCAGCAAAAGUAUUGUGGUAUUUGCCGCCAAUACCUAGGUUUAUACGUUUGUUUCGAAAUCCUGAACAUGCCGAAAGUCUGCGAUGGCAUGAGGAUGGAAGGAUCAAAGAUGACAAAUUGCGCCAUCCAGCUGAUUCCCCAGCUUGGAAAGAGGUGGAUGAACUAUGGCCUCAAAUAAGAGAAGAUCCUAGAAACCUUCGACUUGGUCUUUCUGCUGAUGGCAUCAAUCCAUUCAGCAAUAUGAGCUCAUCUUACAGUUGUUGGCCAGUGAUUCUAUGUAUUUACAAUCUUCCUCCUUUGUUGUGUAUGAAAAGAAGAUUCACAAUGUUAACUUUGUUGAUAUCAGGUCCCAAGCAAUCCGGAAAUGAUAUAGAUAUCUAUUUAGCACCAUUGAUAGAUGACUUGAAGGUGUUGUGGAACGGAAUUGAUUGUUAUGAUUCUUUUAAAAAAGAAAAUUUUAUACUUAGAGGUGUACUCUUAUGGACAAUCAAUGAUUUUCCUGCUUAUGGUAAUUUAUCAGGAUGUUUUGUGAAAGGAUAUAAAGGAUGUCCAAUAUGCGGUGAACAAACAAGCGCCACAAGAUUAGAACAUUGUAGGAAGAUGUGUUAUAUGGGUCAUAGAAGGUUUCUACCAGAAAAGCAUUAUUACCGAAAGCAAAAAUUAGCAUUUAAUGGUGAGCAAGAGUUGCGAGAAGCGCCUACACCAAUGACUGGAGAAGCUAUCUACGAAGAGAUUCAUUUUGUUGAAAAUAAAUUUGGUAAGCCUGUGGAAAAGGUCGAUGAAAAUGUAGAGACAAAGGGGAAAAAGAAAGGCAAAUGUAAAACAAACAUCAAACGAAAGCGCAAUAAGAAAGACCAAUUAGCCGAAGAUUCAAAGAAUACUACAUGUUGGAAAAAGAAGUCAAUUUUCUUUGAAUUGGAGUAUUGGAGACAUUUGUUAGUAAGACAUAAUCUUGACGUCAUGCACAUUGAGAAAAACAUAUGUGAUAGUUUGAUCGGAACCUUACUUAAUAUUCCUGGGAAAACUAAGGACAGUAUCUAUGCUCGUAAAGACCUUGUGUUAAUGUCUGAAUCAAAAAAAGAUUUGGCACCUGAAACAGGUGAAAGAAGAACAUAUUUACCUCCUGCUUGUUACACCUUGAAGAAAGAUGAGAAGCGUAAACUUUGUGAAACUUUGGCAAAUGUUAAGGUUCCAGAUGGGUAUUCAUCAAAUAUUCGUAAUUUAGUAUCUUUGAAAGAUUGUAGACUAAUCAGUCUUAAAUCUCAUGAUUGUCAUGUAUUAAUGCAACAGUUACUUCCAAUUGCUAUUCGGGGAUCACUAAACAAACAUGUUAGAAAUGCUAUAAUACGAAUGUGUUUGUUUUUUAAUGCCAUAUGUUGUAAGGUUGUUGAUGUGUCUAAGUUAGACAAGAUUCAAAUAGAAAUUGCCAAGACCUUGUGCUUAUUUGAGCAAUACUUUCCUCCAUCUUUUUUUGAUAUCAUGGUUCAUUUGGCGGUGCAUCUUGUUAGAGAAGUAAAACUAUGUGGGCCUGUAUGUUUUCGUUGGAUGUAUCCAUUUGAAAGAUUGAUGAAAGUUUACAAAGGUUAUGUUAGAAAUCGAAAUCGUCCAGAGGGUUGUAUAGUUGAGGCUUACAUAGCAGAAGAAGCGGUUGAAUUUUGUACUGAGUAUAUUACUGAUGCAGAAGCGAUUGGUAUUCCCAGAAAGACAAUGAGUGAAGAUGUUAUUGGAAGAGGCAUCAACAAUGGAAGGCUCACCUUAAUCAAAAAAGAAGACUGGGAUGUUGCUCAUCGAAAUGUUCUAGAGAAUACAAUUGAAGUUCAAGCUUACAUAGAAGAACACUUGGAAUAUCUUCAUCGUGAGAAUCGAAGUAAAUCAAGAAAGUGGAUUCAAGAUUACCACCAUCGAACUUUUCAUCAAUGGUUUCGUGAUAGGAUUCAAUCUGAAUUGAGUAUGGAGUUUCACAAAGUAUCUGAAAACUUAAGAUGGAUUUCAUUAGGUCCGACUACAAUGGCAAUUAAGCAUGAUGGAUUUUUCGUAAAUGGUUAUAGAUUUAGUACAAAAGCUCGUGAUGAUGUUAGAGUGACACAAAAUAGCAGUGUAUGUAUUGUUGCAAAAACUCUUCAAUUUGCUUCAGCUCGUGAUAAGAAACCAUUUUAUGGAGAUAUGAAAUUUUAUGGAGUCAUUGAAGAAAUAUGGGAGCUUGAUUAUCGUGAUUUUAGGAUGGCAAUGUUUAAAUGCAAUUGGGUGAUGAUGAUGAUGAUGAUUAUGAGAUUGGCGAACUUCAAACUUUUGAGAAAGAAAUUGGAGAUAUCAAUGAAUUUGAGGGAAUUGAAUCAAUAG